AUGCUGGAUCUCCGAAAGAAGCAGUUUGCUCUGCUCUUGCAUGUGGUGGAUGAGUUGCAGAACACCAUAGAGGAAGAGCAGAAGAGUUUGAUUGAGGAGAAAGAGCACAAACACGGAAUGGAGGAUGCAAGCGGGGGGCUCGGAACCCAUGCAUGUUGA